AAUAAAUUUACCAGAAAAUUAAAAAAUGAUGAUGAGGAGACUAUCCAAUCAGAACUCUAGGCGUAACAGUCAAAAAUCCAAAAUUCCUGCUAUAAAUUGUAACCCAGAUGAAAACGUUGAAGCAGAGGAACCUUACAGAAGACAGCGGAGGAACAACUUGUACGACUCAAAAGUACUCCAGUCUACCGUCAACACACAGGAGCUGCUAUCGCCGAUCCCUGUUGGAGUGAGCUUUGAAAAUGUCUUUAAAUAAGCUUAACGAAAUGAAGGAGCUAGAGCACUUAACCAAAAAGGUGUUGAUUUGUUUCAAAAAGUUAAAUAAAAAUUUAAAACAAGUCACCAAAGAUGAUAUUACUGAAAUUCUGCAGAAGUUGUUCUCAGGACCCCAAAAUGACUCAAAAAGUCCUCUAGCAGCACCAAUUUCAAACAAAAUGUGUAUCGAAGCAUUUCUGGAACUUCGCAAAGAUUUAUUUGAUGCUGAAAAUUCUCCCGAUAUUGAAAACUUUUGCAAAUGGAUUCUGGAGAAUCAAGCAAGAAUUCAGGAUAUCUCCAAAAUCUCUAAACAAGUACGCAGGAAUGUGCAGAAGAAAACCAACGAAACCACAGUGAGCUAUAAACGUUUCAGAGCAAGCUUGAAGAACAGGGAGAUGGCCAAAUCAUUUGAUAAUUUACACAAGCUUGAGCAGUCUCAUCCAGCGAGGCUUAAUCUUGAUAGUUCAAGUGGCAAGAAGAGAUCCCCUCAAAAACAUGAACCUAUUGUAAAGCAAACCUCGUUUGUCCAAAAGAUCAAUUCAAAUAUGAGUACCAAUUUGAUCAAAAGACCAAAAACCUUUGUCAAGAAUCCAAAGAUAGCAAAGAAGAACGGUCUGCUUAGAUUCACCACAAGUAGCUCUACUAACUUCACAAGAAUUCCCGAAAGGAGUAGUGAGUCUAAGAGCAGAAAUUUCUCACCAUUGAGAACAAGAUACUCUUCCAAGUCAACCGUGAAAGGUAUCAAGAGGGACUCAUUCAUGCGUGAAAACCCUAUUCAGAAAAGACGUUUCUUGAACUUCUCCGAGGGAAAAACUAUGGAUCUCAAUAAACUCAAUUUUUUGAAAUUCCCCAUGUACAGGAAAAUUAGGAUGGAGUCUUUGCUUACACCUAAGUGGCACGAGUCAAAGAUUGUGCAAGACUUUUUCCAAAGGUGCUAACUCCUGAGAAAAUCCCAUAUAACUUUAGUCCAAGCUUCCA